AUGGGGAAAAGUGGUGACCAGCAGGCGAAUGCGUUUAAAUCUGAAGAAAAAACGGCUUCACUCUCAUCGACCAAUGAUUUCUGGAAUAGUUGCGAAUUUCUCGCCCUCCAGUCACGAACCCUCGCACUUCUCAAUAAUGCAGUCCCAAAUACUCAUUCUCUAUUAUCCCAGAUCCCACUUCUAUUGACAGAUAAGCUUUUAACAAAUGACGGACUCUCGAUUCCAAGUCCCUUGCCAAUCCUAUCCACGCUUCCUUCUCCUUUGCCCACUUAUCAAAAUUCGCCAACCACGCAGUCGCGAAAAUUUCCCUCUUGGUUGAUUCCGAGUAGAGAGAAAGUGAAGAUUCUGAAAGAACCGAUUCACUCUCCUCCACUUGAAUCAGAGCUGGAAUUUCUCAAGAAACUACCUCAUCUUCUGCUCCCCAAAUCAGUCCUUGAAAGUUCAAACGGAUUGGCAGCAACAAUGCCAGAUGCAGCCCACAAAUGCCACAAAUGUAUGUGUCCUCUCUGUCUUGUGGCAGUAUUUGGACAAUUGGUUCAGACAGUUCCCCAGAAACUUCAUUUUUGUUGGAUUUGCUGUAAACUCUAUGGUAAAACUAGCCACUUAUCUGCUCACCUACGGAAUCACAGUAAUACUAGACCAUACAAGUGUAAUUUCUUCAAUUGUACAAAGGCUUUCACCAGAUCAGAUGAACUUCAACGGCAUAUUAGAACUCACACUGGUGAGAAAAAGUUCCAAUGUCAAGAAUGUGGAAAAGGUUUUACGAGGAGUGAUCAUUUGAGCAAACAUCGUAGAACUCACAGACCACCAUCUUCAACAUCAGGUGAAUCUAGUGAAAGUGAUUUCCUGAAGGAGAAUGGAGUAUCGAUGGAGGGAAUGUUCUCCAACUUUGGUGGGAGUGAAGAUAUCACACUCGCGAUGCGAUGA